AUGUUUGCCAAACAAUUAUUUGCCAAAUUUAAUUACAUUGGACUCAAUGGUAAGAGACUGUUGUCGUUGUCCACAAACUAUGGACUCGUGUACGAAGAGUACGGCGAUCCCAUCCAAGUGCUCAAGAAGUGUGACAUAAGCUCGAAAACGUCGCGCCCUUUGAAGGCUCAUGAGGUGAAGGUGUCAUAUCUGGCGAGUCCUGUAAACCCGGCUGAUAUCAACACAAUUCAAGGGGUAUAUGCAGUCAAACCCCAACUGCCGGCCGUCGGAGGCAACGAAGGGGUGGCGCGAGUGGUGGGCAUCGGGUCUGACGUGAAAGCCGUCAAAGAAGGCGAUCGAGUGAUUCCCAGCUCGUCGUCGACGGGCACGUGGAGGACACACGCCAUCCUUCCCGAGAAGGAUCUCAUUAUCAUUGAUCCCGAUAUCGAUGUCUUAACGGCCGCUCAACUCACUGUCAAUCCGUGUACAGCCUAUCGGAUGCUCAAAGAUUUCAUACCUUUAACUAAAGGCGAUACAGUCAUCCAGAACGGCGCCAACAGUGCGGUUGGCGUCUAUGCCAUCCAAUUGGCCAAAGAGUGGCAAAUCAACACAAUUAAUGUGAUCCGACAGAGGCCUGACUUCGCAGAACUCAAACACAAAUUGGUGUCUUUGGGCGCAACUCAUGUGAUCACUGAAGAGGAGUUGCGGCAAAAGGAUGUGAUGGACAGUGUGUUUAAGAAUAUCCCGAAACCUCGAUUAGCCCUCAACUGUGUGGGCGGUAAGAAUGCAACGGAUUGUAUGCGACACUUGGACUCGAAUGGAGCAAUGGUUACCUACGGAGGAAUGUCUAAACAACCGGUUAUUAUACCCACCGGUGCCCUCAUAUUCAAAGACCAAAAGUUUUUCGGCUAUUGGAUGACCCGUUGGUAUCGAGACAACACAGGAAACAACGAAAGGGCGUUAAUGUUGAAGUAUUUGUGUUCUCUUAUAAAGACUGGAAAACUGGAGUCACCGAAGAGUGUGGCCAUCGGUUUGGAUGAGUAUAAGGACGCCAUCAACAAAACAAUGGCUGGUUUUGCUGGAGUUAAAUACGUGUUUGUUAUGAAGCCAUAG